AAAAUAAAAUCAAAUGUUUUUUGUUUGUGCACAGAAAGAGGAAAAUAAUGUAAUGGAGUAAUUUUAGAAAGGCAAUAAAUAAAAGAUGGCUGUACAAUCUACAGAGCUAGAAAUGGAGGUUUGGCGAAAAGUCUUCGAUCAAAGCACGAGGAAGCUUAAAACAUAUCUCAUCCCCGAUGAAAUCAUUCACCUUGACACAGGGUUCGAAUUAUUCUCCUUCACUGACAGACGGGACAUGAAGGAAGAGACAAAUACAACAAAGAAAAACGAAGUUAUAUUGACAAAAGUAAGAUCAAAAGGCGAACUUGCUUACAUAGACUUCAAAGAACGUCUUAAAAUGACAAAUCAGAGCAAACUUGCAGACCUUUUGACUUAUACAGAGAGGGGAUUGAAUACAGAAGAGAUAGAACAACAACUUGACAAAAUGUUAGAAGAACAAAUAACACGUACGGUAUAUG